AUGGCCGAUGGGGUCCCCGCGUGGGCUCGGGGCCCCACCGCGUGCCCGCGCGGCCGCGGGCCUCCCGCGCACGGGCCGGCGCGGGGGCGGAGCCCGGUCGCGGCCCCGGAAUCGCUCAAAGCGGAGGACAUCGGCAAGAUGUACGCCACUGGCGACGCCGACAUGGACGAGCUCGCCGACACCACGUGGAAAGAUCACUUCAACGUAGCCUUCCAGUCCAUGGACAACGACAAAGACGGGAAGAUCAGUCUGGAAGAUUUCGCUCAUGCCCUGUCUGAAAUGGGACAGCCGUUCACAAAUUUGAAGCAGGACGCGCUCGGAUGA